AUGUUGGGUUGGAUCCAGAGGGUGCUGCCUCAGCCCCCAGUAACCCCUCAGAAAACCGAAGUGGGAGAGGAAGAGGAAGUGGAAGCAGAACCAGAGCCUGAGCCAGACCUAGAAGCAGAGACAGAACCAGAGCCUGCAACUGAGGAGGUUGGAAACCUGCAUCCUGAGGAUCCACUGGAGGGAGAUGAUGUGGCCGUGGCUAAGAACAGCCUCAAGGAAACCCAGGCAUCCCCAACUCUGCUGCCCACAUCCCUCCAGGCCCAGGCCACUGUGGGCCCUGAAGUGAACAGCCCCAGGGGCCGGGUGCUGAAUUGGCUCGGGAAGGGCAUGGAGAAGGUCAUCCCGAAGCCUGUGUGCAUGGGACAAGUCACUGAACGAAGUGACAUCCUCAGGGCUCAGGACAUUGGGCCCUGGUUGCUCCGCUGGUUUGAGCAGAACCUGGAGAAGGUGCUACCUCAGCCUCCACCAGCUUGUGAGGGUUGCAGGAAUGAGCCAGAAGUCGCUGACCCAGACCCAGAUCCCCCAAUAUCCCCUUUGGAAAUGGACCCCACACCGCAGGCUCCAGAGACCCACUCCUUGUCCAGUCCUGGCCCCCUGGAAUUGGAGGAGGAGCCUAUUCCAGAGGUUCUGCCAGGGCCCCAGGCCACCACCCAAUCGCCCCCUGGGGACAGGCUGAUGGCAUGGAUUCUGCAUAGGCUGGAAAAUGCUCUGCCACAGCCAGUGCUCCAUGGGAAGGCUGAAGAGGAACCCGACAUCCCUGUGACCUGUGAAGUACAGAGCAUCAGAAUCCUCCCUGAAGGGCUCUGCGAGACUGAGUCACCCUGGGAGGGGGACGGGCAUCAGGAUGGCAGUAGCAGCCCAGAGGGCUCAGAGAGGUUGCCUGCUUCUGAAGAAGAGGAUGAAGAUGUGGAGGAGAUGUUCAGGGAGCUGCCAUGGAUUCAAGAGGAGAAAGAAGAGGAGGAGGAAGAAGAUGGAGAGGAGGAAGAGAACGAAGAGAAGGAGGAGCUUGAUGUCCUGCUGGAUAGUUACCUGGUGGCGCAGGUCAGCGAGGAUCACAGUGGAGUAGGAGGCUCCCAGCCUUCGAGGGCCUCACACCAGGUGGAUGCACCCCACAAAGGGGGCAGGACAGUGGGAGGCCCUGUUCUGACCCAGGUGCUGCAGGAGGAGGCUGUGGCCAUCAGCCCAGAAGGCCGAGAGGUGGAGCUGAAGCGCCUGGUCCAGGACCCACUGCCUGGUCCAGUGGCCACUGGGAAUGCCCCCCUCAACUUGGCAGACCAUCUCCCCAAUAUGCCCAGCUACCGCCCCCCCAUCACCCGCAUCCCGGUCCUCGUCUCCCGGAGAACAAACUUGUCCAACUCCAGCUUCGCCAAGGAAACCCGGAGCUCCGUUCGUCUCCUAGUGCCUGCCACAAAGCAUCACCCAGAAGUGCAGGUGGAGGAUGCGGACGCUGACCUCCAGCCUCUGAUUGUGGAGGAGAAGCCGGCUUCACCCGAGCUACCGCCACCGUCUCCCGCCAAAUCGGAUACCCUUGCAGUCCCAGGCUCAGCCGCCAGCACCCACAGAAAGCGGCUGCCCUCCCAUGAUGAUGAGGCUGAAGAACUCAAGGCGAUGUCUCCUGCCGAGUCUCCGGUGGUUGCCUGGUCAGAUCCCACCACCCCACAGGGCACUGAUGGCCAGGACCGCGCAGCCUCCACAGCCAGCCAGAACAGUGCAGUCAUCAAUGACCGACUCCAGGAGUUGGUGAAGCUCUUCAAAGAGCGGACAGAGAAGGUGAAGGAGAAGCUCAUUGACCCGGAUGUUACUUCUGAUGAGGAGAGUCCUAAGCCCUCUCCAUCCAAAAAACCCCCUGAGCCAGCCUCAGAGGCAAAGCCAGCUGAGGCAGAGCAGCAGGAAGAGGAACAUUAUUGCAACAUGCUGUGUUGCAAGUUCAAGCGUCGACCCUGGAAGAAGUACCAGUUUCCCCAGAGCAUUGACCCACUCACCAACUUGAUGUACAUCUUGUGGCUGUUCUUCGUGGUGCUGGCCUGGAACUGGAACCUCUGGCUGAUCCCUGUGCGUUGGGCCUUCCCCUUCCAGAGGCCAGACAACAUCCACCUGUGGAUGAUGAUGGAUUACCUGUGUGAUCUCAUCUACCUCUUGGACAUCACCGUCUUCCAGCUGCGCCUGCAGUUUGUCAGAGGGGGGGACAUUAUUACGGACAAGAAGGAGAUGCGCGUCAAUUAUCUGAAAUCUCGCCGCUUUAAGAUGGACGUGCUCUGCCUCCUACCUUUGGACUUUUUCUACCUGAAAGUGGGUGUGAAUCCCCUCCUUCGCCUGCCCCGCUGCUUAAAGUACUUGGCUUUCUUCGAAUUUAACAACCGGCUGGAAGCCAUUCUCAGCAAGGCCUACGUUUACAGGGUCAUCAGGACCACCACCUACCUGCUCUUCAGUCUCCAUGUCAACUCCUGCCUCUACUACUGGGCCUCCAGCUACCAGGGCAUCGGCUCCACAACCUGGGUUUACGAUGGCGUGGGCAACAGCUAUGUUCGCUGUUUCUACUGGGCAGUGAAGACCCUCAUCACCAUUGGGGGCCUGCCCGACCCCCAGACACUCUUUGAGAUUGUCUUCCAGCUCUUGAACUAUUUCACCGGUGUCUUCGCUUUCUCUGUGAUGAUCGGACAGAUGAGGGAUGUAGUGGGAGCAGCCACUGCCGGCCAGACUUACUACCGCAGCUGCAUGGACAGCACCGUCAAGUACAUGAACUUCUACAAGAUCCCCCGGACCGUGCAGAAUCGGGUCAAGACCUGGUACGAGUACACCUGGCACUCUCAAGGCAUGCUGGAUGAGUCAGAGCUGAUGGUACAACUUCCAGACAAGAUGCGCCUGGACCUUGCCAUUGAUGUGAACUAUGAGAUUGUCAGCAAAGUGGCCCUCUUCCAGGGCUGUGACCGGCAGAUGAUCUUUGAUAUGCUGAAGCGGCUGCGCUCUGUCGUUUACCUGCCCAAUGACUACGUGUGCAAGAAGGGGGAGAUUGGCCGUGAGAUGUACAUCAUUCAGGCGGGCCAGGUGCAAGUCUUGGGCGGCCCAGACGGGAAGUCCAUUUUGGUCACUCUGAAAGCUGGAUCUGUGUUUGGAGAAAUCAGUUUGCUGGCUGUGGGGGGCGGCAAUCGGCGCACAGCCAACGUGGUGGCUCAUGGCUUCACCAACCUCUUCAUUCUGGACAAGAGGGACCUGAAUGAGAUCCUGGUGCAUUAUCCUGAGUCCCAGAAGUUAUUGAGGAAGAAGGCCAGGCGCAUGUUGCGACAGAACAAAUCCAAGGAGGAGAAGAAGAGUGUCCUCAUCCUUCCUCCACGGGCAGGCACCCCCAAGCUCUUCAAUGCUGCUCUGGCUGCGGCAGGGAAGAUGGGUGGCAAGGGGGGAAAGCUGGCACACCUACGAGCGCGACUCAAAGAACUGGCAGCACAGGAGGCAGCAGCCAAACAACAGCAGCUUCAGGAGCAGCAGAGAUCUGCCAAAGGCACAGAAGGAGAAGCAGGAGGGUCUGCGCCAGACCAGCCCGAAGGCGCAGCCAAGGCCCCCGACCAGCCCCAGCCCGCUGGCCCCGCAGGGGCUCCGGCCGCUCCACCACCUGCCUCCUCUGAGAAGUCCGAGAAGACAGAGGGAGGCGGAGAAGGAGCGGCGGGGCCCUCGGAGCCAGCGGUGCGGAUCCGCAUGAGCCCAGGCUCGGGUACCGAAGAACAGACUCUGUCGGUGGAGAUCCCCGAGAAGAAGGACGGAGAGGAGGUCCCGGAGAAGAAGGAUGGAGAGUGAGGCUGGGCAGGUGUUCUGAGCUCCUGCCCUGCCCGAGUCCCCUCUUCUGCGU